GCGCGCAGACGACAACACGAAGACAUGUCGUACACUUCGGUGGACUUCGAGGUUCACGGCCGGGUACAAGGCGUCUGCUUUCGAAUGUAUACGGAGGAUGAGGCACGCAGGUUGGGUGUGGUUGGAUGGGUGAGGAACACUCGCCAGGGCACUGUGGAUGGACAGGUACAAGGGCCUACUGAUAAAGUCAGACAGAUGCAGGAGUGGUUAGCCAAGAAAGGAAGUCCAUCCUCACGGAUUACAAAUUGCAGCUUCAAGAAUGAAAAACAAGUGAAAGAACUGGACUUCAGAGAUUUUAGAACCACAUACUGACAAUCUGCUACAUUGUGGAAGGCCCUGGAGCUUUAUUUCGUUGUGAAGAUGUACCUUUCAUCUGUUAGAGUCUUGUAUGGGCUGUGGAAAUGUUUGUAUCUGAUUUUGUGUACAUCAUAUCAGUGGUUCAUCGGACUGUUACUUGUUGGUUUAUCGGACUGUUACUUGUUGCUUAUUAUUUAACAUGGUUUAUUUAUUAUAAGGCAAAGUUAAAAGUGUCUUUCAGGACAACUGUAGUCAAGCAUUUUGUGCCAAUCUUCUCAAAUCUUGUACUGAUGCAAUGGUACAUAUACAUUGCACCUCCGAUACAAGACUUGAUCAUGUCUUUUAAGUCAUCAUGGGUACGUGUAAAACUAAUCCCGUGUGUAGUCUAAUUCGGUCAGUGAAUUUCUGAAGAUUAUGAUGUCAUACAUCUACAGGUAAUUCAAAGUCUUGGGUACCAGAAACGGUUGCUGCUA